AUGGCACCAUCCAAGGCUCUGCUGUUUCUGAUAGGAGCCGUUUGCACCUACCAGGCUCUCGCCAGAGAGCGCUGGUACGCUGCUCAGCUGUUGGUGGAAAGCAACGCGACCCUCGACACCUUCAGCAUCACGUCUUUGCUGGAUUCGUCCUCCUUUCAACUGAAUGACAGCGAUGGAGUUCUCCACACCAUCAAUGUGACCUACAGCUCUGUCAUUGCAGAAUGCAGGAUAUUUGGGAUGGACUACCACUGCAGGUGUAGUUCUGGCUACACUUGGAGUAACGCCGUGUGCUACACUGCCGACUGCUGCCGUGACACAGUGUGUGAAGCAAAUGUGAUGGACAUCCAACCGCUCUGCAUCCUAAAGGAAAUAGUUUUCCUCAGUGGGUCAGUGAUCCUCAACACGACAACCUGGACUCCUGAGAAAACAACAGUGCUUCAGAACGGCUUUGGAGCUUUGAAUGGCUUCCAGUACCUUGUUGUCACUGGGUUAAGAGAAAAUGAUACCAUUGCCGACUUUGAAGCAGAAGUUGUUGUCAAGUUCCCGACGAGCAAACUUCAAGAGGUGGUCUCCUUUCUGGAAUCCACCCUGGAGGCUGAAGUACUUGUCAGCACCAGAGGUUUGGUCUCGAUGAGCGCCCCAUCAUAUAAGCUCUCGUACAUGUCGCAGCCAAAACUGAGGUGCUCCUUCAGUGAGGCGACUGACUCCUCCGGCUGGACCGUCAGCAGAUGGAACGAGACUUUUGAGCUGAAGAACGGCAGCAUGGUCACCCUGGACUACAAGUGUCGGUGGGGCAAGUCUUGCGUGGAAGUCACCAUUCAAAAGAUGACGGACCUGUGGGCAGGCACCUACGAGUGUGAGUUCAGACAAGGCAGCGUGCGACACGUCGACACGCGGACGCUGACGGUGUCGCUCCUGCCCGACUCGGUCACCAUGGUUGUCAAGCCGCUGACCGUGGACUGUUUAACCAAAAAGAGCUCUGAAAGCGUCAACGUGGCCGUCAGCGCCAUCAUCCAGAGGACCAAUGAGACGUACACGACCUGGUGGAGCUACAGGGACGACAAGAAGAACCACAUCUCCAACAAGUCGUCUGACGGCUUGUUUCUGUACGACUUCGAGGUUCCCAUCAGUUGCAACAAAAGCAGCGCUGCGCAUGUCAUCCAGCUCUCUUUCAGAAACAGCGCGGGAGAAGAGAAAUCGCAAAGCACAACAGUUCCAGUCAUUUAUGGCGGGGAUCCAUUUUGCAGUGAGGAAAUGCUCAACGACGUGCUUUGGCCCAAAACUCCGUCUGGAGACACGGUGUUCAACAAAACGUGCCCUGCAGGAAGAGUCGGGUACAAAUCACGCACGUGUAACGGCACCGCCUGGAUGCCCGUCUUCCCUCACUGCGUCAACGAAGCCUUGGACAACCUCCUCUCUGAUUCUGAGAUCUUUUUGACAGGACUCGGGUCGACAAAGGAAAGAGCCACCCAAAUAUUUGAAUUAUUGAAGAACAACUCUGAAUUUUCCAACUCCAGCGACGGGGUCGCCGACAUUGACGAAUCAAUCGAAAUUCUCAAUGUCAUGUCGCGAGCGUCCGAGAACGUGGAUUUCGACGACAAGCUGCUGCCGUUCUUCGCAGAGGCCGCCAGUAACAUGGUCAACCAGUCGUGGAGUCAGAUCAACACAUCCGUGGUGUAUCGCAUGUCAGCUACUUUCCUUCAGUCGGUGGAAGACCUCGUGAUGAACAUCAAGGUCAACAACAGUGAAGGCUACAUGACUGAAAACCUGGGCAUCUCAUACUGCUUCAACAAGGACUGCAACACCUCGGCGUUCCACACCAAGGCCAGCGUGAACAUCACCUCAGGGACCAUGAAAACAGUGGUGGUGAAGAACCUGAUGGAUAAACUGAGGAACAACUUCAAUGGGACGGUGAAGAACAGCCUUCUAAUAUCGGCCACGCUGGAGAACGACAGCUCUUCGGUGCAAAUCAACCUGGAGUUCCCCACAGAGAUCAAGAGUUCUCUGAAGCCCACGUGCGUCUACUGGAACACCACGGCGGAGGAGUGGUCCGACGCAGGCUGCUUCCUGAAAAAAAAGGACGCGGCUUUCACCGUCUGCCAGUGCAACCACCUGACGUCCUUCUCCGUCCUCAUGGCCAGGAGCGACGUUUCCACCGAGGAACUUGACGCCAUAACGCUUGUGGGUCUGAGCUUCUCCGUCGCCUCCUUGGUAGUAUUCCUCCUGGUGGAGUUCCUGGUCUGGUCCGCAGUGAUCAAGACGCCGCUGUCGCACUUCCGUCACACCGCCAUGGUCAACAUCGCCGUCUUCCUCCUGCUGGCCAACUGCAGCUUCCUGGCCUCCAGCGCUCCUGAAGACCUGUCUGACAGCUGGUGCUUGACCCUCACCGUAUGCAAACACCUCUUCUUCCUGGCCAUGUUCAGCUGGAUGCUCUGCUUGAGCGUCCUGCUCGUCCACCAGCUCAUAUUCGUCUUCCACCCGCUCCGAAAGCGAGUCUUCAUGUUCCUCUCCAGCUUCGCCGGAUAUUUCUGUCCAGUCAUCAUCGUGGGGACCAGCUACCUUUACUACGAGUACACAGACAAACCCUACUACGACAGCGACACCUGCUGGCUGGUGUUUGAAGCACUGCUCGACGGAUCUGUGCACGCCUUCUUCAUCCCCGUGGGAACCAUUGUGCUGACAAACUUCUUCUCCCUGGUAGUGGUGGUGGUGACUCUGGUGAAGACGUCGGCCCCCGACAGCAGCAAGUCGGACGACAAGGAGACGGCCAAAGGAAUCCUGAAGGUCAUGUUUAUUCUUACGCCAGUGUUCGGAGUCACGUGGAUCAUUGGGUUUUUCCUGCUGCUGCUGGACGAAGGCACUUAUGCGUUUACAGUGGCCAACUACAGUUUCACUAUCCUCAACUCCUUCCAGGGUGUGUUUAUUUUGAUCACUGGGUGUGUUUUAGAGCAAAAGGUACGGCAGGAACUGUGGAAGAUCAUUGUGAAGAAGACAACAGGAGACAGCAAGUUGUCAUCGACCUCCACCCUCACUUCACACGUUAAGGACAAAUAAAGACGUCUGUACCAACCAUGGAUGAAACUGAACACUGAAACUCAUAACUCAUAACAAUGGUUUCUAAUCUGUCGUAGCCGAAACACUUUUGAUAUUUGUAUAUAUAUCUCACGAUAAAUGUACAAGAACUCAGCGCUUGUGGAUAUUUCAGAUGUAUAACUGGAAACAGUCUCAUAAAAAAUGUAGCAGAUCUGUGUGU